AUGACUAAUCCCGAGUCUCAUUAUCCAUUCGUUCGUUGGCCAGUAAACUCGGCUUCUAAUUUGACUGGCAUCUAUAAUAAAAAUCAAGACGAUUGUCAGAUAUUUCAUCCACCGGCAGCAACAAACCUUCUGACAUAUUUUCAACAAAAAAAUCAAGCAUUCACUCCUUAUUCAACAGAUAAUCAUUUGAAAUUAUCAAAUGUUGCUGUAGCUGGAAUAUCAUCAUCAUCAUCGUGUUCAUCAUAUCCGAAACAGGUAUCAUCAUCAUCUCCGAUUCCAUUUCAACCAUAUCUUAUAACUCCAUAUCAUACACAAAAUACUCCACCUUAUUCAUCAUCAAUGUCGAAUUCAACAAAUCUAACUCAAAUAUCCACACCUCGUAAACGUAAACAACCAAUGAAUGAUUCAUCAUCAUUUUUAACACCUUCAAUACCAACGAAACGAUCAAAUCCUCUAACUAUGUUCUUUCCAAAAGUGACACCGUUCGACGGUUCAGUUGUGAUGUUUCUUAACAAUAGUAAAAUGACUCAAACUGAUCCUUCAUUCUCAAUUUAUACAUCUAGUCAGCAUCUUGAUAUUGAACAACAAAAAAUAACAGCUGAAAUUGAUGAAUUACGUCGAACAAAAUUAGAUACGCAACGUCAAUAUGAAUCAACAGUUGAAACAAUAAAACGUUGUCUUGUUAUGACACGUGCAUUACUUAUUGAAAAAUCUCAAUUAGAAAAAAAAGAAGCACGUGAAAAAUCCAUGGAAAAUCGUUUACGUCUUGGUCAAUUUGUUACACAACGACAAGGUACUUCAUUUGUUGAACAAUGGGUUGAUGGUUUUGAUUUUUUGGAUAAACAACGCGCACAAGAACAAUUAGCUCGAGCAAAAGAAAAUCUUGAUCGCGAACGAAAAAAUUUAACAAAGAAAAAAACAUUUUUACAACAACAAAUAAUGAUAGCAACCACAGUUGAUGAGACAACUACACUGCAUAGCUAUUCUAAUUCUAUAGAUUUUAACAAUCCAGUGUUUGUCCCACCAACGAAAUCUAAACGAACAAAUAAAGCAUCAGCUAUUAAAACACUCACUAGUCAACAAAAAUCUCAACCAAUUUCGUCCUCAUCACUUGCUGUAACAUUUAAUAAUAAUCCUUUGAUGGCCUCGCCAUCAUUCAUAGGACAUCAACAAAUUCAAACAUUUUCUGAUAAUUCAAACGAUGGUCAUUAUCUAUAUUCUGGUGAUAAUAAUCCACCUAUUGAUAGUGGAAAUUCAUCAUCAUCAUCAUCGUCUCUCAUUUCAAAUUCAUCAUCGCCUAUAAUGACAUUACAAGAUUGGUAUGAAUAUGAUGAAGUACUUCGUCUUCGACAAUUAACACUCAAACGUGAAGAAUGCGACUUAGCACAAGAUUUAGAAAAACUUGAUCGCGAAAGAAACGUUCAUAUAAGAGAAUUAAAACGUUUAUAUAAUGAAGAUCAUUCAAGAUUCAAUAAAAAUAAUAUACUUCAUGAACGAUACUUAUUAUUAACAUUGAUUGGUAAAGGUGGUUUCAGUGAAGUACAUCGUGCUUUUGACUUACGUGAACAACGUUAUGUUGCAUGUAAAAUUCAUCAGUUAAAUAAAGAAUGGAAAGAUGAAAAAAAAGUGAAUUAUAUUAAACAUGCUGUUAGAGAAUAUAAUAUACAUAAACAUUUAGAACAUAAACGUAUUGUUAAAUUAUUUGAUGUAUUUGAAAUCGAUACAAAUUCAUUUUGUACAGUCUUGGAAUACUGUGAUGGAAAUGAUUUAGAUUUUUUUCUUAAACAAAACAAAACGAUUCCAGAAAAAGAAGCACGUUCAAUCAUAAUGCAAACAAUAAAUGCAUUGAAAUAUCUCAAUUCAGAAAUAAAACCGCCUGUGAUUCAUUAUGAUUUAAAACCAGGUAAUGUUCUCUUGGGAAGAGGAAAUAAUAGUGGUGAAAUCAAAAUAACUGAUUUCGGUUUAUCGAAACAAAUGCAUGAGGAUGCAUUUGAUGCUGAUGAUGGAAUGGAUCUUACAUCUCAAGGUGCUGGUACUUAUUGGUAUCUACCACCGGAAGUAUUUGUUCAAGGUCCUAAUCCUCCUAAGAUUUCAUCUAAGGUUGAUGUUUGGAGUAUUGGCUGUAUUUUCUAUCAAUGUCUAUAUGGUCGAAAGCCAUACGGUCAUAAUUUAUCUCAAGCAGCUAUAUUAGAAAAUCAAACAAUUUUAAAUGCCAAAGAAAUUCAAUUUCCUAAUCGACCGCAAGUAUCCAACGAAGCGAAAUCUUUCAUUCGUCGAUGUUUAACUUAUCAAGUCCGUGAUCGUCCCGAUGUUUUACAAUUGAGUGAAGAUGAAUAUUUGAAAUCUAAUCCAAAACGUACAACAGCUACAACUUCUUCGCAACUUUUUUGUCCCAAAUAA